CCACCCGGGCCAUUAGGGUUUCCUAUUAUAGGAAACAUGCAUCAGUUGAGGAAGCCCCCUCACCGUUCUCUUCAUGACCUUGCUAAGCAAUAUGGUCCUAUUAUGUUUUUAAGAUUGGGUUCUGCUCCUACUGUGGUGGUCUCUUCUUCUGAGAUGGCCAAAGAGUUUUUAAAAACCCAUGAUUUGGUUUUUGCUAACAGGCCUGAAUCUGCUGCCGCAAAAUACGUAGCUUAUAAUGAAAAGAAUCUGUGUUUGGCUCCUUAUGGAGAUUACUGGAGACUCAUGAGGAAAGUAUGUGUAUUGGAGUUGCUGAGUGCCAAGAGAGUUGAGUCCUUUAGGUCUGUGAGGGAGGAGGAGGUCUAUCUGGGAGUGAAAAGUAUAUGGGAGAAGAGUAAGCAUGGAAAAGUUGCUGUGAAUGUGAGAAAGAGCAUAGCAUCUCUCAUCUCCUCUAUAAUCUGGAGGACUCUGGCUGGCACUAAAAUAUCUCAAGAUGAUGAUUUGGUAGGUGAUGAGCUUAACAGAAUGGUACAGCAGGUGACAAGUAUGAUUGGAGCUUUCAAUAUUGGAGACUUCAUUCCUUCCAUUUCGUGGAUUGAUGAGUUGAGUGGUGUGAAGGGGAAGAUGAAGAAGGCCCACAACUUCUUUGACAGAGUUGUUGGGAAGAUUAUAGAUGAACACAUAGAAGAGCGCAGGCGCAGGGGAAAUCAGGACCAGAAAAACCAUACUAAGGACUUGGUUGACAUACUUCUGGAGAUGGCACAGAAUGAAAGUGACUCGAAAAUCACUCGAGAACACAUUAAAGCAACUGUUUUUGACAUGUUUUUAGGGGCAUUGGAGACAACAAUCACAACCUUAGAAUGGGCAAUGAGUGAGAUGGUGAGAAACCCACACGUUGCACAGAAGUUGCAGGCAAAAAUUGAAUCUAUAUCAGGCAAACAGCGCAUGGUGAGAGAAUCUGAUCUUGUGGGCAUGGAAUACCUGCAAUGUGUAGUGAAGGAGGUGUUCCGUUUAUACCCCGCAGGGCCCUUAAUGCUCCCCCAUGAAUCCACGGAAGACUGCACUGUCGCUGGCUACUUUCUACCUCGCAUGACCAGGCUUAUUGUGAACGUGUGGGCAAUUGGAAGGGAUCCAGCAGUGUGGGAAGAUCCCUCGACAUUCAAGCCUGAGAGAUUUAUUGGUAAGAAUAUUGAAAUCAAAGGGCGCGAUUUCGAGAUGCUUCCUUUUGGUGCAGGAAGGAGAGGAUGCCCUGGAGCUGGAUUUGCAAUGGCGAACAUUGAGCUUGUCUUGGCACAGCUCGUACAUUGCUUUGACUGGACUUUGGAAGGCAAUGGCAAUCCCUCAGAGUUGGAUAUGACUGAAGCCUUUAUGACCAGUCUUCCCAGAAAAGAUAAUCUUCUCGCUGUCCCCACCUUCAAACUCGAGUUGAACAUGUAG